UGAUGCAGACGCGAAAUGGCUGUGAAAGAGUGAAAAGGUCCAGACUUGAAUUAAGAGUUCACAAGAGUUUACAUAUAGCAACAUUAUCAUUUUGGGUUGUUCAAGUCAUAAAUAUUGAAAUGACCACCAGUAGUCCAGAGAUACCAGCUAUAAAAGUGGAGGAUAUUGAUGCUAACCAAGGACAACAAUCAUAUCCUAGCAAUGUUGAUAUAUUAAAACGCAUUAAUGCAUUAUUAGGAGAUUCCCUAGAUUUGGCUUCUACUAGAGUUAGUGGAAAUGGAGAACCAACUCGUUCUAGUAAACAUGUACAUUUCAAUAUGGGACAUAUUCCAGAUUUAAAGGAGACCUCACAAGGAGUCCAUAUGUAUAACCAGCCUAACCAAGAGCUUCAGUCUGUGUUGAACUAUGCUGGAGUUGGAAGCCAACAAGCUUCCAGUACUGUUCCAUCAACACCCACAUCUCCUUACAAUUCACAAGGGUUUCAGCUAUUUUCUCCAAGUCCAAGUCAAAAUCUAACUUCUGAAAAUUGGGCCAGUAUGUGCCAGACUCCCGAGGGAAGUUUUUCAACACCCAAUAAAUAUCCCAGAGCUAUAAAGGGAGAAAGAUCCAUGAGCUGUACCUCAAGUGAUUAUGGUUCUCUAUCACCGGUUAGUCCCAUGUCUGAUACAUCAUUAUCACCAGUAGAGAAGAUUAUCUACUCUAGUCUGUUAAACAACAGAAACACCAGGAGUCCAUCACCAUGUGAAUCAGAUACCAGUGGAUUUGGUAGUGAAGGCUCUGAUGCCAAUGCUCUCAAUGAUAUGAUGAGUAAUCUAAGUCUGGGCACCAAUGGAAUGAGAAACAAUGUAGCCACUGCUGGGAUGUCUCACCAGCAACAACAGCAUCAAUUAACAUUACAAC